AUGCAGGGCGUCUUUGUUGUCUUCUGUGCGUUUGAGUUCCAGGCCCUUGGCUAUGGGUAUGGCUCCAUGGAGAUGCUUCCUGGAUACAAUCCAAUAUUAGCAGCCGAGUUCUUCGUCAUAGCGCAGCUGUUAUACCUUAUCGCGCAGCUGGCUGCAAAGGUCAGUGUGGCUUUAGUCCUCUACCGUAUCGCGACAAUGGCGCCUCUGAUACGAAAGAUCUUGAUCGCCUCCAUGGUUAUUCUGUCUAUCGUGUCUGUGGUAGCAAUCUUCAUGUUCGGAUUCCAAUGUCGUCCUCUUUCAGUCGCCUGGGGCGUUGGCACUGGCACAUGUCUACCCGGAUCGACCAUCGCCAAUGUAGCAUAUGCUGUCUCUGCUGCGGAUAUUCUCUUCAGCUGGUUAUACGGACUCAUGCCGAUUUACUUGCUCUGGAGCGUCCAGAUUAGCAUGCGAACAAAGAUUGUCGUGUCAGUUCUGCUGGGCUUUGGCGCAGUGAGCUGCAUUGCCACCAUUUUGCGACUCAACUAUGCGGUUAUGGUUGCUCAGAUACCAUCUACGGCCGCAGCACAGGCUGUCAACUUGCUUCUAACGGCAACUAUCUAUUCCGCUACUGAAGUCGGCCUGGCAAUCUUCUGUGCUUCGCUUGCUGCACUGAAGCCGCUCUUGAAAUUCAUUCCUUGGAUCCCUGGCUCUUCCAAGGGCACUUCCAAAUUCGAAAGCAAUCUCGAGCCACGAGGCCCAAGCAUUCGCCUCCAAGACCGACAGGUGGAUACAGGAAGCGAGGAGAGCAUUCUCCCAAGUAAUCACCAGCAUCACAUCCAAAAAACGACACAUUAUGAAGUCAGCUACGAGACGCACUAG